AUGCAGGCAAAAAAACGCUACAUCCUAGUGAUUAGUUGUUGCGCCUUUUUGGCGUACGUAUAUCUGGGCGGCUAUCGCCUGAAAUGGUUACAAACUGUGUUUCGAAUGACUGUACAUAAAUAUCCCGAUAAUCUUCCAUGCUAUCAACAGCUACACUACCAAUACACUGACAACAUUGGUGUCACAGAACAAGCGUUCGAAAAUCUAGAUGAUGAUUUGUAUGCAAGUCCCGUAUUUGAAUCACAGAAUCGCGAUACAGCUGCGCAAUCGUCUUUCCAUAGUGUUGGAAAUCGUAGAGUAACCGGCGACAGAAGCGCUUCAUUCAAGUCUUGCCGUAUGGAAACAUGCUUCGAUUUCAGCAAAUGUAGCGAUAAAAACUUCUUCGUCUACGUCUAUCCACCAGAGCCAUUAAACUCACUUGGUGCUCCACCGCCAAUUAGCCAGAACUAUCAAAAAAUAAUAUCAGCCAUUCAAGAAAGCCGAUACUACACUACUGAUCCGACGCAAGCCUGUCUGUUUGUUCUCGGCAUCGACACACUUGACAGAGACUCACUGAGCGAAGAUUUCGUUCGCAAUGUACCCUCUCGGUUACAGCGCCUACCACACUGGAACAAUGGACGAAAUCAUAUCAUUUUUAAUCUAUACUCUGGAACAUGGCCGGAUUAUAAUGAGAAUGGGCUUGGAUUCGAUCCUGGCCAAGCAAUUUUAGCUAAGGCCAGCAUGAGUGUUCAAUUGCUUAGACCAGGAUUUGAUGUUAGUAUUCCGCUGUUUCACAAGCAGUUUCCUCUGCGUGGCGGAAACAAUGGCUAUGUGGUUAGUAACAACUUUCCAACAAAUAAGAAGUACCUGUUAGCCUUCAAAGGAAAAAGAUAUGUUCAUGGAAUUGGUUCAGAGACGCGGAAUUCAUUAUUCCAUUUACACAACGCUCGAGAUUUUGUACUGGUUACAACAUGUAAGCACGGGAAAAGUUGGCGUGAUUUACAAGAUGCUCGAUGUGACGAGGAUAAUCGAGAAUAUGAUAGAUAUGAUUACGAAACUCUGUUGCAAAACUCAACAUUUUGUCUUGUACCGAGAGGGCGCCGAUUAGGAUCAUUCAGGUUUCUCGAGGUGUUACAAGCGGGUUGUAUUCCAGUACUGUUAUCAAAUUCAUGGGUUUUACCAUUUCAAUCAAAAAUUGACUGGAAACAAGCUGCUAUUUGGGCAGAUGAAAGACUGUUAUUGCAGGUUCCGGACAUCGUAAGAUCAGUUUCCACUAGCCGGAUUUUAGCUCUACGCCAACAAACUCAAGUGCUAUGGGAACGUUACUUUAGUUCUAUCGAAAAGAUUAUCUUUACUACGUUUGAGAUUAUCCGUGAGAGACUCCCAGAUUAUCCACGUCGGAAUGGUUUGACAUGGAAUACGUCCCCAGGAGCCCUGUUAACAAUUCCUACAUUUUCUGAUACACAUCAACGAUUCCCAUUUUUGUUGGAUCAACUUGGCUACUUGCCCGGACUGAAUUAUACCGCCGUUAUAUUUGUACAGAUCGGUACACAGCUUACACCAAAUACAGCUUUAUACAAGCUAGUCAAAAGUAUUACCAAAAGCCAAUUCGUAGAUAAGAUUUUAAUUCUGUGGGCAAAUGACCGAUCUGUACCCCCAAGGAAACGUUGGCCUACGACCGGGCACAUUCCACUUCACAUCAUAUCGGGUAGCACCAGCGAAGACCGACCAAGCAUAUCUCAAAGAUUUUUUCCCCACGAGCAUAUCGAGACUGAUGCCGUUCUGUCAUUAGACGAGGAUGCAAUACUAAAUACAGACGAGUUAGACUUUGCCUACCAGGUAUGGCGAGACUUUCCUGAUCGUAUUGUAGGUUACCCUGCCCGAGCACAUUUUUGGGAUGACUCCAAGCACGCGUGGGGCUAUACAUCAAAGUGGACAAAUUAUUAUUCGAUCGUUUUGACUGGAGCGGCAUUCUAUCAUCGUUACUAUAACUAUCUAUACACAAAUUGGCUAUCAUAUUUGCUGUUAAAAACAGUUCAGCAAUCGUCCAACUGCGAAGAUAUUCUUAUGAAUCUUCUUGUGUCGCAUGUUACGCGCAAACCUCCGAUUAAAGUAACGCAACGCAAGGGUUAUAAAGAUCGAGAAAGCGGAAGAUCACCCUGGAAUGAUCCUGAUCAUUUUAUACAACGACAAAGUUGCCUCAAUACUUUCGCCGCGGUUUUUGGUUAUAUGCCAUUACUUAGGUCCAAUUUGCGAUUAGAUCCAGUACUGUAUCGAGAUUCAGUAUCCAACUUGCGAAAAAAAUAUCGGCAAAUUGAGUUAGUGGGUAGCUAG